CUUUUAGUGGUAACAGCUUAUCGCAUAGGUCCGACUCUUUGGACAUCGGUUCGUUCGUCACACAAUCGCUUGCAUUAUUCGGAAUAGUGUCCUGACAGUCAAGUUGCUGUCAAACACGGUGUAUAAAGGAGACAUCAGUGGACGCCAUGAUGGACGGAAUAUGUGACACUGCCGACAUUCUAAACAGCGUCCCUACCAAAAAAACAAUCCACGCAGAUACUAUAGACCUCUCCGAUAAGUCUCUGCAGGUGGAUAUUUCGGACGCUCUUAGUGAGAAGGAUAAAGUAAAAUUUACUGUACAUACUAAAACAUCUCUACCUGAAUUUCACAAACCGGACAAUCUAGUUGUGAGGCAACAUGAAGAGUUUGUAUGGCUCCAUGAUCGAUUCGAAGAGAAUGAGGAAUAUGCUGGUUAUAUUAUUCCGCCAUGUCCACCAAGGCCAGAUUUUGAUGCAUCACGUGAGAAGUUACAAAAACUUGGGGAAGGUGAAGGAAAUAUGACACGUGAAGAAUUUAAUAAAAUGAAGCAAGAAUUAGAAGCGGAAUACUUAGCCACUUUCAAGAAAACUGUUGCUAUGCACGAAAUGUUUUUGACAAGGUUGGCACAUCAUCCAGUUUUCCGGAAUGAUCAUAAUCUAAGGGUAUUCUUGGAAUAUGAUCAAGAUCUUUGUGUACGAGGAAAGAAUAAAAUGGAAAUGUUUGGUGGUUUAGUAAAGUCAUUUUCUAAAACCACUGAUGAAUAUUAUCUAUCAGCUACAGUGAAAGAUGUAAAUGACUUCUUUGAUCAGGAAAUGACAUUCCUUCAAACUUAUCACCAUAAUUUAAAGGAAGCAACAACUCGCGCUGAUCGUCAAACUGCUAAGCAUAAAGAUGUAGCAGAUUCAUAUAUAAAGAUUUCCACCAAUCUCUUACAAUUAGCUACAACAGAUACUGGAAAACUCGAAAGAUUUUUAACUAAAAUUGCUGAGACUUUUGAAAAGUUGAGGAAAGUAGAAGGACGUGUUGCGUCAGAUGAAGAUUUGAAGUUAUCGGAUACUCUUCGUUAUUACAUGAGGGACACAGCGGCAGCUAAAAGACUUCUGUUCAGAAGAUUGAAAGCUUUGCAUGCAUAUGAAUCUGCGAAUCGUGCCCUUGAAAAAGCUCGUGCCAAAAAUAAGGAUGUCCAUGCAGCACUGGAGGUUGCUGAGGCUGAACAAGCGCAGACUGAGGCAUGUGAGAAAUUUGAGCAAAUGUCUGAUAAAGGAAAGGAAGAAUUAUUGGAUUUCAAGACUAGACGAGUGGCAGCAUUUAAAAAGAAUCUUAUUGAACUAACUGAGUUGGAAAUAAAACAUGCUAAAUCGCACGCAGAAUUGCUCAAGAAAUGUUUAUCUGUACUGCGAGAAGAGUGAUCUAGUUUUCAGAUUGCCAUGGACAAACUUACAUGCAUACAUAUUGUGUGCAGAUAACAGAUUAUUUAACAUUAUAAUAAUAUAAUGUAAUACUAUUGUAAAAUACUAUAUAUUUUUUGUUAUCUAGAUUUAUGCUUUGAAAAUAAAGUAUUGUAUUAUAGCUGCAAAGUGACUUCGAAAAAAAAUUGAUAUUUGCUAUCUUUGAGCUGUAAAAAGCUAUAUAAGUACUGCUAUUGGUUCUGCUUAAUAGAUAUUAAGUGUAACUACGUUUUUAUAAGAGUUUGGAUGAUACAUGCAUUAGGAGAAAUAAUAUGCAUUUAUAUUGUAAAAAAAGAAAGUAAAUUAGAUGUUAUCGAGUCCCUUUGCAGCUUCAAAUUAACAGCCACUGUUAUACAUAUGAAAUAAGGUUCUAUAUAUAUA